AAAUCUAUUUCGACAUACAGAUGUGGGGACUAAAGCAACAACAAAACCGCAGCCCAGCACUCCGGCGCUUCCCUGCUGAGCACGGCGGCGCGGCCGCACGCUGCCAGCCCACGAGCGGGGACGCUGCCGCUCCUCCGCCUGCGGACUCUGCCCGCCCCUGCCUGCCGGGGAAGCGUCCCUGCGACCUGCGGCGGCGCCCGGCCCAGCAGCCGGGGCGGGCGAGCGGCGGGGCCGGGCCGGGCCGGGCCGGGCCGGGACUCACCCGCGGGGCCGAGCGGGAACUCCCGCGGCCGCGGCACGGCGCAUGUGCGGGGGCUCCCCGCUCCGCGCCGCUCCUCGCACCCUCCGCCCUCCCUCCCUUCCUCCCUCCCUCUCCCUCCCUCCCUCGCUCUCUCUCGCUGCCCCCCUCCCUCCCUUCCUCCCUCCCUCCCUGCCUGCCGCCUGCCCGCCUGCCUGCCGCCGCCUCCCUCCCUCUCCCCGCCGGCUGGGUGCUGAAGUUGGGCGGAUGGCAGCGAACCAGCUGCGCUAGGGGACGAGCCGCACCAGCCCUUGCCGGGAUCGCUCAGCGCCAACCGCACGCAGCCGGGCGGGGCCUCACUGUUAGGAAUGAAGAUAGAGGAGACAGUGCAGGAAGGCCAACACAUACGACCAAACUGGAGAGUAUCCAGGUCAUAGAAGAAUGCCAAAACCCUACUGCAGAUGAAAUUUUGUCUUGGGCUCAGAACUUUGACAAGAUGAUGAAAACACCAGCUGGGAGGAACCUUUUCAGAGAGUUUCUUAGAACGGAGUAUAGUGAGGAGAACCUGCUUUUCUGGCUUGCAUGUGAAGAUCUAAAAAAGGAACAGAACAAGAAAGUUAUUGAAGAAAAAGCAAGACUUAUAUAUGAAGAUUACAUUUCUAUACUAUCACCAAAAGAGGUUAGUCUUGAUUCCCGGGUGAGAGAAGUGAUCAACAGAAACUUGUUGGAUCCCAGUCCUCACAUGUAUGAAGACGCCCAGCUCCAGAUAUACACCUUGAUGCACAGAGACUCUUUUCCAAGGUUUUUGAACUCUCAGAUUUAUAAGUCUCUUGUUGAAAGUAUUACAGGCUCUACUUCUGAAACUUAGUUUUCAUUUUCAAACAAAAUAACUUGAUUUUUUUUGGGUGGGUGGGAUGGAAGAAAAUUAGUUUAAUAACAUCUGGAGCUGGGUUCCUGGAGAACUACAGUUUAGCACUACUCAGGCUACUGUGAAGAAAAAAAAUACAUAUUAUGGUCUCUGUCUACAUUUUUACCAAGGUCCCCCUUGCUCGAGAUGGCGUGGGAGGGGAUCAAUGGAUUUGCCAAAAUACAUUUGUUUCACACUCCUUUCACCCUAUUGCAGUCAAGAUUGCAAUGAUGUAUUUGUAGUUUUAUGAACAGUCUCCUUGUGUAUCCUCACACUGCAUGUGCAAGGUAAAACUGCUUCACUUACCACUUAGUUGUUGCAAUAUUUAAUCCAAUAACAUAAAUUAUAGCUGUAUUUAAAAACUUUUUUUUUGUGCAAUACAGUCCUAUGGUACAUAGAAACAAUUACAGCAAACCAGAAAGAGGCUUGCAUUUUUUAACAUCACUAACUAAAAAGCCAAUUUUUAAGGUGUAGCAUUACUCUACAUGCUCUACUGAGUACAAUACACUGACUUUUUGAAGCCAAUAUUUCUGUACAGAGAAAAAGAGCUAUUUAUCACUGUUUAUUUAAAAUAAAUCAAGCGGAGGAUUCCUCUGGUUGUUCACUGCCAAAACUGUGGCAUUUUCAUUACAGAGUUUGCAAUGUCAAAGAAAAAGAAAAAUAAAAGGAGAAAAAAAAAAGCACAAAUCACUUAAAGGGAUCCAUUUCUGGGUGACACAAUCUAUGCGCUGAUAUUGUUUAAUUGUUAAAAGAACAAAGAUUUUCAAUGUACAUUUCAGAUGUCAGAUACUGUAAUUGAUUUAUUAAAGACUGGCUAUCCAGUUCUAACACUGUUGUAUAAUGUUAUGUACUUCAGAAAAAAAAAAAAAGAAACAAGAAACAACACAAAAA